AGAGAAACGUCCGGCCGCGCCACAGCCACGUCUGGGUCAAAGGCACACGUGGAAAGAAGCUGGCCCAAGUCACAAUGCGGUGCCUUUCACCCUGGGGGACCGACAGCCCCAGCCGGACAAGGGCCAGGCGCCUGCGCUGUGCGCCAGUGGCGCCGGGCGCUGCGGGAGCCGCGAGACCCCCGCCCUCCGACGGGAACGCGCACGUGCCUCGGGACGCGGACGCGCGCGCGAAUGCGCAUCACCUCGCUCAGCCUCAGUCUGGGCGGCUGAGGAGGGAAGGAGCGACGCACGGAGACGCGCACCGGAGACGCGACACCUUGGAGCCCCUCGACCCGGCGGCGGCGGGGACCUGAGCGGCGGCGGGCGGCCUCGAAGAUGAAGUGCAAGCCGAACCAGACGCGGACCUACGACCCGGAGGGGUUCAAGAAGCGGGCGGCGUGCCUGUGCUUCCGGAGCGAGCGCGAGGACGAGGUGCUGUUAGUGAGUAGCAGUCGGUACCCGGACCGCUGGAUCGUGCCGGGCGGGGGCAUGGAGCCCGAGGAGGAGCCGGGCGGUGCGGCCGUCCGCGAGGUGUUCGAAGAAGCGGGAGUCAAGGGGAAGUUAGGCCGGCUCCUGGGCAUUUUCGAGCAGAACCAAGAUCGCAAGCACAGAACGUACGUGUAUGUACUGACUGUCACUGAGAUUCUGGAGGAUUGGGAAGAUUCGGUUAGCAUUGGGAGGAAGCGAGAGUGGUUCAAAGUCGAAGAUGCGAUCAAGGUUCUCCAGUGCCACAAGCCCGUGCAUGCCGAAUAUCUGCAAAAACUAAAGCUGGGCGGUUCCCCAACCAAUGGAAACUCCGUGGCCCCGUCCCUGCCGGAGGGCGAUCCCUAGUAUGUACCGCUCGUGCACAGACUUCUGCUUUCCGCCUACCUGACAAUAAGUAGUGCCCGGAGCACCUCUCUUGUUGCCGUGUGCGUUCUCACCGGGAGGAGGGAGGCUUCUUUUGUUUCCUUGGCAGACCUCUGAAUCACGCUUGCAAACUGUCUCAGUUGCCAGGCACUGUUUUCAGGCACUUUGCACGUUUUUCAGAUGCUUUCAGAAUCGCUUCUUGGUAGCACUAUAACACAUUUCAGAAAGCCAAAGCCACGUGGGUUGUUUUUUUAAGUUGCCUUAACUGCUCACUCAGUCUUUGAGGUUAACGUAUGUGUGUGUGAACGUAUAUGGGCGCUGUGGUUUGUUUUUUUAUAUUUCACACUUAUAUGUGUGUGUAUGGGUCUUCAUGUGUACUUUUGGUACCAGUCUUGUGAUUUGAGUUGUAUUGAGGUCCUUUAAAAUCUGAUCACCUUGCUUCUGGGCCUUUUCAUUAAUUUUUUUUCUUACGUUGUUUUCUCAUUCACAGCAUUAGCCCUUGUCAGCAAGCCCUUCUGUGAAGGGAAUUGGUUUGAAGGACGAAUUUUGAAUUUCAAAAAGUUAUUUGAAAUUUUACAGCGUGUGCUCUUUCUGUAUUGAACAAUAAUUGUAUGUUCAUAUAUGUGAUCUAAUUUGUCCUUUUCAGAAAUUGCUUUAUUCAUUUGUAGGUAAUUCGAGUUUCAGAACAUUUUCACAACUGGUAUUUUUUUUUACUUCUUACUUGAAAUAGCCAUUUCCCAUUUAGCCCGAAUGUAGCUUAGCAGAAUAUUAUUUUAGAGUAAACGCACUCUUGGGGUGAUAUUAUUAUGUACAUCUCCUGAUACAUAUUAUGAAAACUGUAUUCCGACUGUGAUUUAGCAUGCUCAACUCCAACUCAUAUUUCUCUUUUCUCAGUGCCCUAAAACAACUGUGGUUCUCUCAGUAUAAACGAUUCUUUGAAAGAAAGUUUGCGUAUUUGAAUUUGUGAUAGUCCACUUAAAGUUAUCUGAAUACCAGUAGUCAAAAGAAUGGAAUAUUAUGUUGUAAUUAAAACCGAAUUGAGGGAGUUAGCCUCUUGAUAUUCAGCUAUUACACACUUCUCAAACUGUUAGGACGCCUGAACAAUCUCUCAUAAAGUUUUAGGAUAAAAAUUUUGUGUCACAUAAUAAACUUUUUUGGCACCAAUUUAAAAAUACUUAGAUUAUCUUCAAUAUUUGCUUGAAAUCAGGGAUCCUAUCUAGAGCAUAUAGGUCUGUCUUCUGGGACUACCUUUAUUUCUCUAGCCAUAGUAAAUAGGUAGAUAUAAAGCCUACUUGGUGAAGUGGGUAUUGGUAGGUGGAAAUAUCUUACCUAAUUUUUAGGGCAACCUGAAUUGUCAUAUCUCUUAAUCAUUAUUGAUAGAUAUUUUGUGUCAGUCAGUUAACUUUUGGAAGGUCACUAUUAUGCACUCCCUAUUAAGAACUUUGAAAAUUUAGCAACUUGGAACUCUCAAGAACGUUAAGAAAAAGCCUACUUUGUGAAGAGAGUAUGAGUGGGGGAUAUUUUUAUUUAACAUCUUAAAAAUAUUCCACAAAUAGAUAAGUGGUAAUUACUGUAAUUUAAACCCUUUUUUCUUCUACAAAUUAACAAAAACACAGUCAGUAGUAAAAUUGAAUAUUCUACGUUUUCUUUUAAAACUUUGGUGCCAAUUUUUAAAAUAAGAUCUUUACCAUACAUAAAUAUGUCUAAAUAAAAGUAUGUGUUGUAAUUGACAAAACUAAUAUUAUAGGAGUGAGUAGAAAAUGAAUAGUUUUUAAAAGACAAAUUAUAUGAUUUCAUAUUUUAAAUUAUGUAGGAUUAGCAAAUAUGUGUUUCAAAAUUAUGUUCUUUUUUACAGAAAGAUGUCUUAUUUUUAACAAACUCUCUAAAUCCCACUAGUUGACCUUUCCUUUUCUAACAGUCCAAAUCAACUAAUGAUAUUUGAAAUUUUUCAAAGUAUACACUAACAGCAGAGAAAUUGGAUUUUUAAAUGACCAUUUCAUAUAUAAAACUGCCUCCAUCUAAAAGGUUGCCACAGACACCUUGGAAGUUUAACUUAUACAUGGCAUCUUUAGAGAUAAUAAUGCACAAUCUUGUUUUGACUUUUCAACUACGUAUUUGACAAAUGUGAAAAGUACAGUGUUAAUGUUCAUCAGCUCUUGUUAGCUUGCAAAUAUUUGUUAUAUUUAAUUCAGAAAAAUUUGAAUUGGGUUUUAUCACUUGCUAGGAUUAUCUUCAGUUCCCCAGUUAUCUUCAGUUUAUGCAGUCUGUAAAACUUUUCACUUCUAAAUUGCAAAAGAAUAUUUUAUGGUUAUCACACACUUUUUAAACAUUCAAAUUCAAAAGAGCAGUUCUUGUUAUGCUUUUGGAGUUUAGUCAAGAAAAUAUUAAAAAGCCUAAAAAUCCUUUCAUUUUAAGAGAGAAAUCCAAAGAAUUCAGCUUAAAAAAGUUGACACAGAAGUAACAAACCAAAUCGCAUCUAGUUAACCUCCAUCCUCCAAGAGCUUGAUCCACAGUUGGGAUUUUCUUCAUGCAGAGUCAUUAUUAUUACACUAAAAAUGUACAGAUGAGUUUUUCAACUCAUUCCCCUCAAAGAAAACUGCAUUGAUCAAACUUUCAGACAUGAGGUAGGAAUUUGUUUUCAUCGUGUUUUUAAGACUGGAUUUUUUUUCCCCAAAACUGGGCAAAUGUUUUAAAAAACAUUUUAAGAAGACAUGUUGGAAUAAAGAUAAUGUUGAUAUGUAAUAUAUAGUUUCCCUGGAUGCCCAGUGUAUUAUAUUUUCUAAGGAACUUGUUUUGUUGAUCAGAUCAGUUAAAAGAAAUAACUCUGAAAGGGAUAUGAGGUGGCUAUACAUAUUUUGAAUUCUGUUGUAUAGUUUACUUUGAAAGAACUGUAAAUAUUUCAACAUUUUUGUAUUUAGAAACAUCAGAUAAAUAUUGGUGAAUGUGUGUGCAUGCACAUGUGUAAGCAACAGGAAUAGACAGCUUCUGAAGUCUUAGCAUCAUUAGAGGGCCCUUCUGGGACAGAAGGGUAAAAGGGCUCUGAAGCUGGAGCUGCUCCUCUCAUUUCCAUUUAAGGGGAAUCCAGUUGUAAGAAAGAGCAAUUCCUCCAUCAAUAGGUGUUAACUGGGAAAAGGAAGCUGAAAAUGCUGCUUUAAAGCCUGUAGUACUAACAGCUGGCCAAAGUUUUCUUUUCUGGGUUCCUUUUGUGGAAGCACCAAGAAAAAUAGGAAAUAUUUUCAGCAUCAUUCCAGUAUUGUAAUCAUCUUUCUAAAUGACUAUUAGCCUGUUAGACUAUGGACUCUUUGAGGACUAGGACCCAGCCUGAAUCCUUACAUAUCCCCAAAGCCUUAGAACAGUGGCUAAAAUAUGGAGACAUCUGUCAUUGAUCCACAGAUUAGAAAUAUCUACUAUUAGUGUAUUCUAUAACAAAAUACUUGUGUGUUGAUUUAUUGGCUUUAUAUUUUAACUAGGACAAUCUGUUAUUCCUCAGGCUCUCAGGUGGCUUCAUAAUGGAACUGCAUUGGAUAAUUCACUGAAGGCUUUUCCAAUACAAAGUGGUUGAUGAACCAUACUUCAAUUAAUACUUGUUGAUUAGAAGAAUUGAUGAACAAAUACAACUAUUAAUGAUAUAUUUUUUUAGGUGAAUGACAUAGAUGUUCAGAUUUGCUUUGAAGGAAUCAAGUAUAUGAACCCAGUGAUGAAUGGAAUUAUGAAGACAGGUGAGCUCUUUCACACUCCCAAGGACACAGCUCGUCCUAUCCUUUUGGACACUUCCUCCCUGUUUAUUGCAAUGACUAUUCUCCAGGUUGUUGCACUACUUCUGUAUCUGUACAGACUUCUAAUUUGGCAUCUAUGGCCUUCUUUGUGCUCUUAUGAUUAUGUGUCUGUAUUUCCCACCAGGUUAUGUGACCUUGAGUGCAAAGACCUUAUUUCCUUCAUCUUUUUAUAAAUCUAGCAUAUAAGAAACCACUUGAAAUAUGGUAGACAUCAUUGAAGAUUUGUCUAAAAAUUAAUAUUUUGUAAUGACACUGAGUGGUAAGGCAUUUACCUUCUAAUCUGGUGUUAGUACGGUAAAUGCUAUUUAGGUGAUAUGUGGCUUUUGUAUAUCAGGUAUGACACAGGUGUUUAAAGGCUUCUGUGAGAUAUUAGUAAAAAUUCUUCUUUGUAUGUCUGUGUCAUCCCAGACAUUAUGUGACUGCUAUGGCAGUAUGCAACACCACCUAUGAAAUAUUUGCCAGAAUUUUGAACCUAAAUUUGGCUGUGCCUCUAGACAUAACUCCUUAUCUGUAGAAAAUACAGGGAACAGAGAAACAUUACAUCACAGAGAUGAUAUGAGCAGAAUCAAGACUGCAGGAAACUCUACAGGACAAAUGACCUAGUACCUUCAGUGAAUGGCCAGAAUGAAAGAAAUGAAGGAUGAACCUGCUGAUUAAAAGAGAUUUAAGGGACUUAACAACCAAUUGUAAUAUAUGGAUCUUUUUAGGAUCCUGAUUUGACUAGACUAUAAAAUAAAAAUAUUUUGAGACAAACUGGAUAAUUUGAAAAUUGGGCAACUUGAUAUUUUAUAUUAGUUGGAAUAAUAGUAUUGCUGUUAUGAUAUAUUCCCAACUAUUUACAGUUGAAAUGAUGUCUGGAAUUUGCUUUAAAAUAAUGUCUGUAUUUAAGUGUGUUGGAGGUAUUGAUGAAACAAGAUUGGCCUUGACCAGAUAAUUAUUAAAGUUGGGUGAUGGUUAAAUGAUGAUUCAUUAUAUUAAAUAUAUGUUCCUCUCUACUUUUGUAUAUUUGACAUUUUCCAAAAUAAAAAGUUAUCAGAA